AUGGGUUGGAACGCAGAAGAAAGCACUGGCUGGACCGCUGGUGGCAGCUCUGAGCUCAACGAUGAGAACGCAAACCCCAACAGCUUCUCCCAGGGGUUUGGCGAGAACGGCUUUGCCGACAACACCUUUGGUGGCGACGGCUUUGGUAACAAGUUCGGUGGUGACGACUUUGGGCCUUCUGCCGCCGCUGGACAGGAUGGUAAUGAUGCCUGCCGCAAGCAAGUACCCCGCUGUGGCGACGAAGGUCACUUUGCUCGCGAGUGUCCUGAACCUCGCAAGGCCAUGGCUUGCUUCAACUGUGGUGAGGAAGGCCAUGCUAAGGUGGACUGCCCUAAGCCUCGCGUGUUCAAGGGUACUUGCCGAAUCUGCAACCAGGAAGGUCAUCCCGCUGCUGAGUGCCCGGAGAGACCCCCUGAUGUUUGCAAAAAUUGCAAGAUGGAAGGCCACAAAACCAUGGACUGCACUGAGAACCGCAAGUUUGAUCUGAACAAUGUUCCCGACAAGCUCCCCGAGGAGGCCUGGGCGAUCCUGAAGAAGGCCAGUGACAGUAGAGACCUGGAGGACUUCCGCGAGGAUAAGCAAGUCGACGACACCAUCAGCCUCAUUAACCUUCAGGGCAAGCUGAACUGCAAGUAUGUUGUCGGCUACUACUUCAACCCCAAGCCCCAACGUGCCCAUCUCAGGGAACGUUGGCCUGAAUCUCCCGAAGAGAACCUUGAGCGCCUUGCGGAUGCCGGUCUGCCCUACGACAGGCAAGUUCCUAAGUGUCCUAUCUGUAAUGAGAUGGGUCAUACUGCACGUGGUUGCAAGGAAGAACGCCCGGCCUUGGAACGUGUUGAAGUGAAGUGUGUCAACUGCAGCGCCACUGGACACCGUGCUCGCGACUGCCCUGAGCCUCGUCGUGAUCCUUAUGCGUGUCUCGGACACUUCGCUAAGGAUUGUCCCCAGGCUAGCGCUCCUAGAACCUGUCGAAACUGUGGCUCUGAGGACCAUAUCGCCAGGGAUUGCGAUAAGCCGCGUGAUGUUUCCACCGUGACCUGUCGCAACUGUGAUGAGGUUGGUCAUUUCAGCCGUGACUGCACCAAGAAGAAGGACUGGUCCAAGGUUCAGUGCAACAACUGCGGUGGAAUGGGUCACACCGUGAAACGUUGCCCCCAGGCCAGCACUGACGACAUGAACAACGGCAUGGACAAUGGAAUGGACAACGAUGGCACAUUCGCCGCUGCUGAGGAGGUGGUCGAUAACGCUGGUGGCUCUUGGAACGCUGGGAACGAGGACGCUGGCUGGUAA